AAAUCACUAAGCAUCAAGCCUAGUGGGCUCAAACCUAGCUCACCAUGACUCAUUCCUCUCAGUGACCUUCCAACCCAUCCUCUUAACUGUUUCCAAAAAUGCCCGUCGGCGGGUAAUGACCGCGUCAUUUCUUACCACACCCUCGCUGGGAAGCAAUCUGCUGAUGUUUUGCAUGCAGAGUCGCGGAGCGCUCUUAGAGCCUCGUUCGCCGCCAACGAGGACCCCAGAGGUCUCAGUAUCUCCAUGGCCGAAUAUCAUAAUAACUAGCUGUUCGCUUUGGUGUUCCGCAAUCAGGGCCUGUUCGCGAACGGUGUUGAGAAACCUCUCAAGGAGGUCCUUUCUGGCGACAACACGCAAGUUCCCCGCAGAGGAGAUUUCAUCCAACAACUGUGUCUCUAAGACGACUCGUCUCUACCCGUGGGGAUCCCCGUGUGCAUAUUCUGUAUAUUUUCGGACCAAAUCGUCGGGGCUCUGAGGUCAACCAGAUUUGGUUAGUUGAUAGAGGAUCUAGGUAGCUUUCAGUUAGCUAAGUUUCAUAUUAAAAGAGAGCAAUCACCAAGGAAAGAGACGAAUUUACCACGACGAUGUAGGAGAUGGUGAAAGAGGUAAAAGUCUGAUAUGAACCACCCAUCGUUUUGGGGGCUGGCACCAUCGCCCCAGUCCGUAAUUCCACAAAGCGAAACGAUCCGGCUUCUUGGAGGGAGGUCGGGGGGGCAGUGGAUCAAGAAUUCCAUACUUGCCAGGUCCGCUGUUGUUUCUGUCGUGCGGCCAACUGCAUUGAAAUCCGCGAUACUAUCAGGGCGAAUCGUAUCUGUUAUUGUGAACUUGAGAUAUUUGGAUACCCUGCUAGGUAAAGUGUAAUAGAGAGGUCCAAGUACUAGCUUCUUUCGAAUUACUUUAGAAAAGACCGAAUAUUGAUUACGGGAGCCUUAGCUCAGCACUCAGUAUGCUCUAUUCCACGUUCAAAGGUUGCGAGAUGAUGGAAGUGAUAAUGACCCGGGAGGUGAAGAAGGAAGAAAGAAUCAGGAUGGGGAUG